GGGGCAGACAGCAUAUCCAAUGUUUUAAAUUCCCGAGAAGAAAGUGCCUUGAUGGCAGCUAUAUAGAUGUAGAACUCCUCGCUGUGGUCGCUGGUCUUCCAGUAUUCCCAUCAUCUCACAUUCGCUACGAACACCAUGACCAACUACCCAUCACACGAGGAAAUGCUUGGCUGCAUGGCCGCCUGCUUCAACUGGGCAGACAGCUACGACACCAAGGACUGGAAGAGACUCGAGACUGUCAUUGCACCCGAGCUCAUCAUCGACUACCGUUCUUUCCUUGACAAGAUCUGGGAGGCCAUGCCCGCCGAGGAGUUUGUCAAGAUGGCAUCUGACCCCAACGUCCUCGGAGACCCUCUCCUGAAGACUCAGCACUUCAUUGGUGGCACCAGAUGGGAGAAGGUUUCGGACACUGAGAUUAUCGGCUGGCACCAGCUCCGUGUACCUCACCAGAAGUACACCGACGAGUCGAGAUCAACCGUCGCUGUCAAGGGCCACGCCCACAGCACCAACAAGCACUGGUACAAGAAGGUCGAUGGCGAGUGGAAGUUCGCCGGACUCAGCCCCGAUAUCCGUUGGUUCGAGUACGACUUCGACAAGGUCUUUGCCAGUGGCAGAGACUCUUUCGGCGAGGCCAAGCAGGCUGCUGGCAUCCCUGAGAAGGCAUAGACAUGGCGUUGAGAGAUAUCCAUUUCGAGUGAUUACAACUUAUGCAUGGAGCCCGGCUGGGCCUGGGUCGAUUGUCAAUUUAGCGAAUGAAUGAAUGAAUCCAAGU